AAUAAGAACCGGCCCCCGAUGUAAACAGUACCCACAAUUCCCUUCAUCUCCUUCACUCCCGCCACCGCCAUGGGGAAGGAUAUUUCUCACAAACACGACCGAAAAGUGAAGCGACGGGAGCCCAAGUCGCAAGAUGUUUACCUCCGUCUGCUGGUCAAGCUGUACCGGUUCCUGGCACGACGUACGUACUCCCGGUUCAACCAGGUGAUUCUGAAGAGGCUGUUUAUGUCCCGCAUUCACCGGCCGCCCAUUGCCCUGUCCAGCCUGGUGCGCCUCGCCAAGAAGCCAGGACGCCAGGGGAGAAUCAUCACCAUUGUGGGAACCGUGACUGACGACCUGCGCCUCUACGACAUCCCCAAACUGACGGUGUGUGCCCUUCGUGUGACGGCCCGCGCCCGUGCCCGCAUCGAGAAGGCCGGCGGGGAGAUUAUUACCUUUGACAUGCUGGCUCGUCGCGCACCCACCGGCAAGAACACGCUGCUUGUGCAAGGCCGCAGGAAGGCUCGCGAGGCCUGCAAGAGGUUCGGCCCUGCCCCUGGCCUGCCCCACAGCCACACCAAGCCCCUGGUACGUUCGAAGGGCCGCAAAUUUGAAAGGGCUCGCGGUAGGAGGUCAAGCUGCGGCUACAAGAAGUAAACAAGCUAGAAAUGUGUGUUUGGGUCUGUCGGUAAAUAAAGGAAGGCUGUUUUACCGAUG